AUGGCGUCUAAACGAGGAGCAGCGACCGAAAUGGAUGAUGACCAGACUGAAUUUGAAACCAGUAAAGGUGUUAAAGUCAUUCGUAGUUUUGAUCAAAUGGGUCUAAAGGAAGAUCUCGUUCGAGGCAUUUAUGCUUACGGUAUUCGGAAUAAAUUAGUAGCACAUGUUUCAUUAGAACUUGAUUCAAAAUUACGAUAUAACUGUUCAGUGCUACUAAAUCGAUAUGCAAAUAAAUGUCAGAUAGUACAUAUAAAAUAUAAUAUGGAAGAAGAUCAAUUGAAUGCAACGACUAUCGAAGAUACCUUAUCAAAUAACGGCAGGAGGCAGAACAUUGCAACCGAAACGAAUUUAAUAGAAGGUGCGACAGCCAUAACGAUGCCAAAAUUAAGAUAG